AUGAAAAUGCAUCUCAUCGGCUUGUUGAUACCAUUGCUGGCAUCACUCCAAACCGUCCACGCCAUACCACUCGAAACAGCAAGUUCAACUGCCAUAACCCCAAUCAGGACUACAGCUCCAAUUGCAACCCCUACAGGCCUUUUGCAACGGCGAGCACCCGCCGAGACCGACUCUUCUUCGACAACAUCCACCCGAACACAGUUCUCUCUCAGUCUCUCACUAGACUUACCGACCAAUACUUGCAGACCUACCAUUGCACCCGACAAAAAUGGCUACGUUCCUCCAACGGAGUGUAAUGCCAUAUACGACUACUACCCAUCAUCCAGCGCCGCUGUUGCUGUCACCGUGCUCUUCGGAAUGCUUCUGCUAGCGCACACCGUGCAAAUGUUCACGUACAAGACCGGAUUCGUCUGGGUUAUCAUCAUGGGCAUUGCAUGGGAGUUUGGCGGUUAUCUAGUACGAAUCUUCAGUACUAAAAAUCAACAGAGUCUGGGAUUGGUGAUUAUUACGCAGCUUCUGGUUUUGCUUGCGCCCUUGUGGGUCAAUGCAUUCGAUUACAUGGUCCUCGCACGAAUGAUAUACUUCUUCGUUCCCGAAAAACGCAUCUGGUUCUUCAAACCCUCCCUACUAGCAAUCAUCUUCGUCUGCCUCGAUUUCGGCUCCUUCAUGGUCCAAGCCACUGGCGGUUCAAUUGCUAGUCCUGGAGGGACCGCGUCCACGAUCCAGACCGGCUUGAAUAUAUACAUGGGCGGAAUCGGUAUUCAGCAGUUUUUCAUCUGCUGCUUUUUGGUAUUAACAGUCCUGUUUCAUCGUCGGAUGCUUCAGCUGGAAAGACAAGGUGCGUUGCAGGGGGAUAAGACGAGGUGGAAGGGAUUGUUGUUCAGUCUGUAUUUCAGUUUGAUUGCUAUCAGCGUGCGGAUUAUCUAUCGUUUGGUUGAGUACACCUCUGGUGUUGGACUCAACAAUCCGAUCACAACGCACGAAUGGUUCAUGUAUGUGUUUGAUGCGUUCCCCAUGUUGUUGGCUGGGGGUGUUUGGUGUAUCAUGCACCCCGGCAGGAUUCUUACAGGGCCGGAUGCAAAACUACCGUCUAGUGGGCUGGGGAGGAUUCUCUGUUGCGGUUAUUGUUGUUGUCGAUGUUGUGGGGGUGGACGUAAGAAGAAGACUGUGACUGUGGAUAGUGAGCGUCCGUCGCAGGAGGAGUUGACGUCGGUUGAGCGGGAUCCUUAUACGAGCACUUCACCAAUGUGGAGGAAUGGCAGGAACGACAGGACUGACGGGAAUGAGCCGUAUCGAUCUCAGAUGGUGUGA